CUACAUAGAUGAAAUCUGAGAAGUAAGAACAGGCAGCGAGAGAAGAAAUUACAAACAACGAAAAAGUUAACUAUGAGUUAAGCCUGAAGAAAGUUGGUUCCUGCAUACAAAUAUUUUUUUAAGUUACCUAUAAAGGAAGGGAGACAGACGAGUAAAAAUCAUGCAGUAUUUAGGCAACUGGCGAUCCUGCGAUAUUCGGACAGUGAAAUUCACCAGCUGAAACAUCAUUUCGGGGUUAAUGGUCUCUGUCCUUUUGCUGACAACGUGCAAAUACGCAUACAUCACAAGGAAUAUAUCCCUUGAAAAGAUCAACUCGCUUCCUUUAAUUGUUUAAGCCAGUAAGUGUAGUGGAUGGCCACACCAAAGAGGUCGCAUGGCCAAGCUGGAAUUCCAACAUUUGUCUUUUUCUUAAUUUUAAAUUUGGCAGAUGAUUGCCUAUCGCAGUGUGACAAUGAAUGCAGAGCAUAUUGCUGUGAUGGUAACCCACCUUACUGCUGCUCAUAUUAUGCCUACAUUGGGAAUGUUCUAUCACUAUUUAUGCAAGUAGAAGACCUGGAAACCAGUGCUGGACUAGUCAAAUCUCAAGGAACUGCAAUAGCAGGAAUUGUCUUUGGAAUUGUUUUCAUCAUGGGAAUGAUAGCAGGAAUUGCGAUCUGCAUAUGUGUGUGCAUGAAGAACAGUCGAGCAGCCCGUGUGGGUGUAACCAGAACUACCCACAUCAACACCAUCAGUACAACGUACCCAGUGGCACCACCACCGUACAGCUACGAAUAUGAGAUGGAAUAUCCUAUUGACCUACCUCCACCUUAUACUCCGACCCCUCAGACAACUGUUAAUUACCCUCCACCACCUCCAUAUCCAGGCUACUCCAGGAAAUAAAUCUUCGGAAUGAAACUGCAAGCAUUCAGCAUUUGAGUGUUCAGUGUGCUACUGGUGAAUGCUGCUUAUUAUGCACUACCCAAAUCAAAUAUAGAUUCGCCAGUACAGUACAGGAGUCGGGAACAGUUUUAUAUAAGGCAGUGAGCUGACCAUCAGGCCAAGGGUCUGUGUGGUUACCUUAUAAUGUGCAAAGUGCAGAAACUGAUCCUGUCCUGUUUUCUAUACAUUUUUCUUUCAGAGAGCAAUCCUAAACAACAUCUUAUAAUGAAAUUAUUUGGAAAUUUCUGGGGAUUGAGCAAUAACCUAAGAAAUGAAUGUCCUUUCUUCCAGAAAUGAUGAGGACUGGUUCUUUUCUUAUGGUUGGGAGAGGGAGGUAAGACUGUUGUCCGUUUUGAAUCUCCUACAGUUUCCUCUUCCCUUAUACAACUAUUGAUUUUGCUACUAAGCAUUUUGCACUUCCAUUGUGAUAUGGAACAUUUAAUCUCUCUGCCAUGUUUUUAAAACCAGGAGUUUUAAUGUACAAAACCACUAUUUUUAUAUGGAGAUUUAUACCAUUGCAAAACGCAUACUGAAACCGUGUUUUGCACAGUAUAUGUAAUUUGCAAUAAAAGAAAGCUGUCAGUUGAAAA